CAAUCGCCGGGCUGCUCUGAUCCAGGGGCGGGGCAAAUAUUGCUCUUCCAGAGCAAGCGCACGCCCAGAGGUGAUGUACGAUUGGCUGAGGACGUCUAGGCGGGCACGCCGAGAUCGGCUGACGCAGUUUAGAGGCAAGCGUGGAUAGGUUAUUGGGAGGGCGGAAGGUUUGAAUGGUCAAGGUCUACGGCUGUUGGUGUUCUUGCACUGAGACUGUAACUUCCAUUCUGCCGAGAGAACUUGCAAAGCCUGGCCCCCGCCUACCCAGCUGAAGAGCAAAAUAGUCUGGCUAGUCGCCUCUUUUCCCCAGUUUGUUCUUUUGUUUAAUUCUGCUCGAGGCUUCGCUUGUGGCCGAUCCUUUCCUCGUGAAGACAAGGCUCAGGACCCAAAAGACCUAGGCCCGGAGCCAUCUACGCCACGGAGUCACGGAGACCCCAUUGUCUCCUCCGGGUCCAGCCGGGACCCCGCAAACCUAAGGCGGGAGGACCUGAUAGGCAUUAUCGCGAAUUAGGAGACCUGAGUUCCGGUUAGGACUCGCUUAGCUGUGUGGCCGGGAACAAAUCAAAGGCCUUUCUUCAUCCCAUCUUUAAAGCCCUGAGUUGCCUCUCGAACUUAGAGCCCAUGUCUGCAAAUCCCUUCUCAUCCACAAGAGAGGAGGGAGGCGCUGGUUCAGGACCCAGUUUUAGAUCCAAUCAAAGGAAGAGGUUAAACCUGCUGCUGGAGAGAGAGACUUCCUUUACCAAGUGUCCAGGUCUCCCUAGAACUCCGGUGGACAAACUCCUGGUUGAUUCUGGAAACCUAAGCAUUUUGUCUGGAGGAACCCCAAAACGUUGCCUUGAUCUUUCGAAUCUUAGCAGUGGGGAGAUGUCUGCCAUGUCUGCCACUCAGCUUACCACCUCUUCAGACUUUGAUAAAACCGGUCAUUUGGAUUCUUCAGGACCUCAGGAAAUACAGUUAGCUAGGGUGAAUCAUCACCAGCAUCUUAUAGAAGGCAGCCCAGCGCAACUGCUGUGCAGCACUCCAAAUUCUUUGGACCAUGGCCACAGAAAGAAAAAUGCAAUCUGUAGUUCAUCUACAAAUAAAGAAAACGAAAACAAUACUUUGAAGCCCGUGGAGUGGUUGUCACCGAGGAACCUAAGAUUUCAAAAGAGACCAGGAGGGCCUUAUCUUUCUCCCCUUUCUCUGCUGGACAAUCGAAACUUGUUGGAAAGUGAAAUGAAAGAUCUGGGCAGUCCCAUUACUACAGUUCUAAAAUUGGAUAAAAAUCCAGAACUGGGAGAAGACCAGGCAGAGGAUAUUUCAGAAGACUUGAUGGAGUUUUCCCUGGAUCAAGAAGAUGCCAAGGCAUCUCUGAACAGAAGCUACCUGUAUCGCUCCCCUUCAAUGCCAGAGAAUUUGAACAGGCCAAGACUGAAGCAGGUGGUAGAAUUCAAGGACAACCCAAUAGUAGAUCAGGGCUUAGGUUUAAAGAAGACAGUCUCUCUCUGUGACAUUAGUAUUACUCAAAUACUGGAGGAAGAUUCUAACAAGGGACAUCUGAUUGGUGAUUUCUCCAAGGUAUGUGCACUGCCAACUGUGUCAGGGAGACACCAAGAUCUGAGGUACAUCAACCCAGAAACGGUGGCUGCCUUACUUUGGGGGAAGUUCCAGGGUCUGAUUGAGAAGUUUUACAUCAUCGAUUGCCGCUAUCCAUAUGAGUACCUGGGAGGACACAUCCAGGGAGCCUUAAACUUGUAUAGUCAGGAAGAAUUGCAUAACUUCUUUCUGAAGAAGCCCAUUGUCCCUUUGGACAUCCAGAAACGGAUAAUUAUCGUGUUUCACUGUGAAUUCUCCUCAGAGAGGGGUCCCCGGAUGUGCCGCUUUCUGAGAGAAGAGGACAGGGCUUUGAACCAAUAUCCCGCGUUGUACUACCCAGAACUGUACAUCCUCAAAGGGGGCUACAGAGACUUCUUUCCAGAAUAUAUGGAGCUGUGUGAACCGCAGAGCUACUGCCCUAUGCACCACCAAGACCAUAAGGCUGAGCUGCUGAAGUGUCGAAGCCAGAGCAAAGCAUGGGAAGGGGAACGGCAGCUUCGGGAGCAGAUUGCCCUCCUGGUGAAGGACGUGAACCCAUGAUUAAGGGGUCAGCCACUGGCUACUAAGGACUCAUCAAAAGACUGUAGACAUCUUGAGCAGAAAGAAGUCAUCUUCUCUGUGGCUAGACCGAGGAUUGUUAGGAGAUGUCUGAAAACCAACAACUGCCAAGCUCAUGAAAUCCCAGUCUUGGAGAUUGGUUGAGUUUUAGUAGAGCUCCUGGCUGAUGGAUGAGUCCUGGAACUGACUCUGUAAGGCUGUAACCUUGGGUUGCUUAGAGAUAUAUAUUGCUUCCGGGAGCUCUUGCAUUCCUCUUCCCAACUAAACUCCUAUCUUCUCAUAAGCCAGCCGGCUCUUUCUCUCCCUGUGCUUCUGGCUGUGUAAGAAAGUUGCCCAUCUUCCCUGUGUAUUUUCCUUCUUUGUUUCUUUCUCUUUUCCCUUUUCUUAAAUGGGAGAAUAAACACAUCAGAAUGAGAGAUGUAAUUGUGACCCCAGAUUGUGCUCCUAGAAGAUCUGUACAAGGAACAGUAAUCACCAAAUUAGAUUCCUUCAAACAUAAAGAUAUAACCAUCUUUAGUUAUAGUUGAGCCAAGGUGCUUUUCUCUAGACCUUAUUUUUCAAAGUGUGGACCCUGGACUAUCAGCAUCAUCUAAACUUGUUUGAAAUGCAAAUUCUUAGGCACCACCACAGAUUUACUAAAUCAGAAACUCUGAGAUUAGGCCAGAAACCUGCAUUUAACCAAAAAAAAAAAAACUUCAGAUAAUUCUAACGCAUGCUAAAGCUUGAGAACCACUGCCCAGGAAUUUUAACUUUUUAAACUGCACUCUUCAGCAAUAGCCCAGGCUUUCCUUUUCUAGACAUUCCAUAACAUGAGUUACCAACAGGUGUGCCCCAGACUGAGCAACACAGUGUAUCUAGGCUCAGAAAACAAAGAUGAUUAGCAUUCUGUAAGGCAGAUGAUAAAGUCCUUGGGUGUGCGGCAAAUGGUUAAUGCUACUAACUGAAAGGUUGGCAGUUCGAGUCCACCCAGAGGCACCUCUGCAGAAAGGCUUGACAAUCUAUUGAAAAGUCAGCCAUUGAAAAUCCUAUGGAGCACAGUUCUAUUCUGACACACACUGGGUCACCAUGAGUCAGAACUGACUUGACAGCUGCUGGUUUACCAACAGCCCAGGACGAAAAAAGGAUCAAGCACUCGGGCUUAGGCAGAGAUAGAAUAGAGGCAAAAAUGACAUUUUCCCCAGGUUUUGGAACAGGAAGACUUUAAAGUGAGUGGGAGGAAAGGAGGGCUGUAGCUACAGAGCAGCCUACAAGUGUAACUGCAUGGCUGGACUACAGCCAUAUGAGUGCUGCAUAACGUUCGUUUAAGGAACCACUGACCGUGGUCCUAUAACAUUAUAAUAGAGUUCAGAAAUCUCGGUUGGAGAAUGGGAUGUAGCAGACGUAGUAGCCAGACGUGGGGAAUGUAACAGCUUUCUGCAUGCAACAGGUUUAUCUCAUGUCUCUUGCAUACAAAACAAUUGCCCUGCCAGGCGUAUAAUGGUAUAAAACCAAACCUAUUCCAAUCGAGUCAAUUCUGACUCAUAGUGACCCUAUGAGUAGAACUGCCCCAUAGGGUUUCCAAGGAGUGCCUGGCGGAACCUAUAAUACGUAUGUUUUGAUAGUCAUAGUAAAUGCCUGUGUUACAGGCUUAUGUGGGUACUGUACUGUACUUUCUAUUGUCCCUGGGUUAUGAACGUCCAACUUACAUACAACCUGUAAUUACAAACCAACCCCUGUAAAGCCUAUUCAAAAUUCCAAGUACAUGCAAAUGGGUGCUACUUUGCAACAUGCAUCAAAAAAUUAUUAGUCUAUUAUGUUAAAGAUGUUUUAGUGUAUCUGGAAGUGUUUAACUUUUAUGCAUAGAAAGGUACACGAUACACUAAGACAAACAUUUGACUAACGACAUUAGAUACUAACCAUACCACACUUCCAAUUUACAUAAAAUUCAACUUAAAGACCGACAUAGGAAUGGAAUGUGUUCAUAAUCCAGAGACUUCCUGUAUAUAAUAUGGUGUUUGCAUAAUGUCCAAACCAUGUAACGUCCUAUCUCCCAGAACAUAUCAUGGACAUCAAGACACAUGACUACUGAUUUUGCAGGGU